AUGCUCAAUAAGUACACUCUUGAAUUUCUAUUCAAGGAUCAAGCAGAACAAUAUGAGAAUUAUUCCAAGUCCUCCAAACUAAGGGAAGUUACUAACUUCACAAUCUAUUCAGUUGUAAUAUAAUCCAUAUCUAAUUCAUAGUCAUUUUCCAUUAUCAAUACCACUAAAUUUAUUUUACGGGAUUCUAUUCCUUAUUCAAUACUUAGUGGAGGAGCUAUUCUUCUUAUUUUGAUCCUAUGGAAGAUACUUUAAAGAAAGCCACACUUGAUCAAUGUGAUUGUAACCAUUUAUCAAAUAUUUUUGCUUUGUGCCUUUAAAAUACCUUAAUUAUUUGAAGGGGCAACCAAUCCAACCUUAGAUUAAUCUUGGUAUUAUGGUUUUUAAUGCGGUUACUUACAUUUUAAUGUUUACCUUUUAAGUGCAAAUUUCAUUUAUUAAACCUUUCUGCUGAUUUUAACGAUUGGAAUCCACCUCUAUUAGGAGAACAUCGACAUUAAGGAUGGAAUUAUUAAUAUAUUUCUCUUUGUGUUUUUGGCCAUGAACAUGAUUGCCAUCAAGUAUAAUUAUGAAAAAACCAAAAAACAACAAUAUCUAUAAAGUUGUCAGUAAGAAAAGUGGGAAUAAUUACUAUCCAAAGUGUUAUCAAGUUCAAUACUACUUAUAUCCUAUGAUAAGAAAUAGGAUUAAUUGUAAUUAGAGAAGGAAAACAAAUUUUCAUCCAUUUUAUUUAGGCUGUAAGAUAGUGAAAAUCUGAGAUAAUUAUUGAGACAAUUGAUAAUAUCCUCAAGUAGUGAUCCUUAUGAUAGUGUCUCAAAUUUAGUUCACAUUAGCAUGGAAGCAACUUUGAGGAGAUUUCUAAUUCACACUCAAGAAUUUUCCGACUCUUUUAAAACUUAUAAAUAUACUGUUCACCACCAAUAAACUUAGAAAUUUUAUAAUGUCAAAUUACUCAGAUGUGUGUUUAACAAUAAACUACAAUGUUUAUUGAUCAUUGAUCCAAAAAAAAAGUACUUUUACAAUCAGACCUAAGUCUUGUGGAGCAUCCUUUAAAAUAUAACUGAAACAGCAAAUGAACAAUCCCGUUUUCUAAUUAAAAUGCUAACCAAAUUUAAUCAAAUUUCCAUUAAAUAGAAAUUCCCAGAUUAGAAAUUCUAUUUUAAUCAUAAUUUCAUACAAAACAUCUAAAUCAUAUUUCAAAACAAAUCAAAUCGUCUCAAACUCUAAGAUAUCACUCAAACUUCAUUAUAAACUCUCCUUGAUCCAUUAAUUGGACUAGAUUCCUAAAAGGUAGUACUUGCAAAGUCAUUUACUCAUGAUAUUGCAAUCAUUUAGCAAUUGCUAAUCUCUUGCUUUUACAUAAUUUAGCAUAUCUUUAGAGAUGUGAAAAUUCUACAAAUACUAAUUGAGAAUCAAAAUACAGAAAUAUUCUUCUCUAUUAAAAUAAAGGAGAAUGAUAAAGCUAUUCAAACUAAGAUCUUAGAGAUACUACAAACUAAUUGGGUCAAGUCUCCUAAAGGAUUUUUUCAUAAAAAUACUAUUCACCAAUCACUCCUAGAGAGAAUUAGCUAUUUGACACAAUAAUUUUAGAUACCCAUAAAUUUACUAUUAAACAUAAGCAUCACUUAACUGAUUCUCUCCGAAUUUGGAGUUUACAAUCAUUUAGAUAUUAUACAAACUAAUAAUCAGAUUACUUUUAAUUUUUCUUUAGUGUCCUAAAUUUAAUGA